AUGAGAGAAGGGGUUUCGGUAGAUCCUAGGGACGGAUUGCAAGCAUCUCAGCCAGCCGUGAAUGGCCGGCGAAAGACGUGGAAUCGCCCCGAGGCCAUCGCAGGAGCCGUCGCAGGCAUGGCGACCGUCGCCAUUCUUCACCCCCUUGACAUCGUGCGAACCAGGUUCCAAGUGAAUGACGGGAGGGAUCCCACAAUUCCCCGCUAUCAUGGCGUAGUCAGUGCCAUCACCACCAUCUCCAGAUCCGAGGGCAUGCGAGGCCUGUAUGCAGGCCUCUACCCAUCCAUGGUCGGCUCUUCCCUCUCCUGGGCUCUCUACUUCUUCCUGUACAGCCACGCCAAAGAUCGGUACACAGCUUACUUCAGUGCUAUUACCAGCAGCAGCGGUGGCAACAGCGACAGACAAUGGGGAAGCAGUAGCAGCAAGAGUGACAGGAGACACGAUGGCAGCAGCAGCAGCAGCAGCAGCGGGAGCAGAAACCGGCCUAGCACAGAGAAGAAUAGCAUGACCAUUUCAAUGGAAAGGCUUUCAGAACAACUUGGUGUCUCCACCGUUGCUGCUCCUGAUGCUUCUGGUGAUCGUGGUGGUAGCAGCGACUGCAGGGAGGACAGAUCAAGGGAGGGUUCAACUUCUCGCUCCACCGUUGUUGCUCGUGGUGCUGCAGGAAGAGAAGGAGAAUUGUUGAUCCAGGUGGGGACUACUGGAAGGGAGCAAGGCGGUAGAGCCGGUUCGGGAGCAGAUGCUGAUGUGGAUGGCAGUGGAAGAGGAGCUGUUGCAGCAGGAGAGGUGGAUUCAAGCAGCAAUGUAAGGAGCAACAACGAGAGCAGCAAGAGCAGUGGGGCGGUGGAGGUGGAGAGGGGGGGUGAUAAGACCUGGAGGUCAACGUUGGUGAACCUGGCGGCUGCCACGGAGACUGGCAUUCUGGUCGUGCUACUCACCAACCCCAUCUGGCUCGCCAAGACGCGUCUGCAGCUGCAGGGAGCCGUGGAUCCCAAGGGACCUCACCAUGCACCACCCCCCUGUGCCGUCAGUGCUACCAGUGCCGCCAGUGCUGCCAGCACCCCCAGCACACAGCAGCCACGCCCACCGCCAGCUGCAUGUGCAGCAAGGCCGUCAACAGCAACAGCUGUACCCCAUCAUCAUCCCCGGCAGUACCGAGGCUUUCAUGAUGCCAUAUGGUCUAUUGUGAAGGAGGAGGGCUUCAGAGGGCUGUACAGAGGCAUCGGCCCGAGCCUCAUCUUGAUGCGUCCAAAUGAGGCCGGCCAGCUCAAGUACCGCAACACACGGGAUGCCGUCACCAGCAUGUGGAGGCUCGAGGGCGCACGUGGUUUCUACAAGGGCUUUCUUCCCAACCUGCUGAGAGUCAUGCCUUCUGCGUCCAUCACGUUCGCUGUUUAUGAAGUCAUGCUGCGACUUCUCAAGCCACACCCCGUUGCUCCACCACAAGGCAACUACUGA